AUGAUGGUCAAGACUGAAGAUGAAGCCAAGGUCUUCAACAAUGAGCGCGAGCCAUACAAGUGCACAUACUGUGGGAAGGUGGGACACACCGUCGAUCGCUGUUGGUCCAAGCAGAAGAAUGAAAGUCAAGGAGCCCGACGCGGAGGCAAUGGCCGUAGACACGGGGCGAACAAUGUCCAGUGGGGACAAUAUCGUGAUGAAGACAGCGACUACGAUCAAGUAGCGUUUGCAGUUUCGCUAGAGUGUGGACUCUCAGCGAAGAAGGACGUGUCCGGAAUGUGGGCCGUCGACAGUGGUGCAACACACCACAUAUGCCACGACAAGACCAAGUUUGCAAUACUGAACAAGCGCAACGACGGUGAAAUCUCGGUGGCGGAUGGCAACAAAGUGGCCGUCAAGGGUAUUUGGAACUAUCUUUGA